AAAUUUGUGUGCUGACUGCUGACAAAAGCAAAAUAUAUUCCCUUCCUUUUUAUUCUCGUGCAAAAACCAGACGAAUAUCAGCAUUUUCGUAGUUCGAGUUGAAUUUUCUAUACGUAAAAUAUCUAAUGUGGUUAGUUACAAACGAUUUUAUUUUUUGUUUAUGAAUUAAGUUUUGUGUGUGAAACUAAACGGGAAAAUACCAGUGAAGUCUUAGGAGUAAUGGUUCUUAUUGGCAAGGACCAUCUAUGUUCAAAAAUGUCGGAGAGUCAGAAUGUGGCGAGCUCUGCUUCGUCCGAGAGAUAUCAGCUGGCACAGUCCUGGGAGGGAAAAACGAAUACUACAAACUACACUCGAAACAUAGAACACGCACAUUCGUCGUUUUCUGAUAUCGUUGAUUCCAACGAGCAAAAAGAAUUCACCGAAGAUCGAUUCAGCAACUUAGUCAUCAAUAGCGAGAUCAUUAAUACUGAUCUUCAAACCGAAUACUGUCCAGCUUCGCCUACAACAGUACCCGUUAGAACCGGUCGUUCUAACUCGUCUGGAUCACAAGUCCGCUCACCAAAGCCUCGCCGACAACGAACAACGUCUGUCAAUCAAAAUACAAUCAAUUCGAAUGAAGCAAUCAUUCGGUCAAAUAACCGAACAAUCUAUACUGCUGGUAGACCUCCAUGGUAUAACUGUGCUGGUCAACAAGUUGAGCCUUUUGUAAUAGGCAUUUGCGGAGGAAGUGCUUCUGGGAAAACUACGGUGGCCCAAAAAAUUAUCGAAAGUUUAGACGUACCAUGGGUAACCUUACUUUCCAUGGAUUGUUUUUACAAAAUACUAAAUGAAAAACAGCAUCUUCAAGCUACGAAAAAUGAGUACAAUUUUGAUCACCCGGAUGCGUUUGAUAUCGAACUAAUGAAAGAUGUUCUUCAACGGCUUAAAGAGGGACGCAAAGUGGAAGUUCCAGUUUACAAUUUUGUUACUCACUCAAGGGAACCACAUACAAAAACUAUGUAUGGUGCGAAUGUGAUAAUAUUCGAAGGUAUUCUUACUUUUCAUAACCAGCAAAUAUUAAAAAUGUUAGAUAUGAAAAUUUUUGUGGAUACGGACUCCGAUAUACGUCUUGCAAGGCGGUUGAAGCGAGAUAUACAACAACGCGGUCGUGAUUUAGAAGGUGUGUUAAAACAGUACUCUACUAUGGUCAAACCUGCCUAUAGCAACUAUAUAGCACCCACAAUGGCUCAUGCUGAUAUUAUCGUUCCUCGUGGAUCCAGUAAUCUGGUUGCUAUUCAAUUGGUUGUGCAGCAUGUUCACACACAACUGCAAUUGAGAGGAUUCAAAUUGCGUGAAGCCCUAGCACAUUCGUAUAUUGGCCAGCCUAUGCCAGAAUCACUUAAGAUGUUGCCAACAACACCGCAAAUCAAAGGCUUACACACCUUCAUUAGGAAUGCGAGCACCCCAAGAGACGAGUUUAUAUUUUAUUCGAAGCGGUUAAUACGAUUGGUACUUGAAUAUGCACUUAGUUUGCUACCAUUUAAGGAUGUUGAAGUAGAUACACCACAAAGUGUGAUGUAUCAUGGUAAACGAAUGGCAUGUCAAAAGAUUUGCGGUGUUUCUAUUCUACGUGCUGGUGAAACAAUGGAGCAGGCUGUCAGCGAUGUUUGCAAGCAUAUAAGAAUUGGGAAAAUUCUUAUACAAACGAAUCAGUUGACCGGUGAACCAGAGCUAUACUAUCUACGUUUACCAAAAGACAUAAAAGAUUAUCGUGUGAUUCUAAUGGAUGCAACAGUUGCUACUGGGGCUGCUGCUAUUAUGGCAAUUCGUGUGCUGCUGGAUCACGAUGUACCUGAGGAAAAUAUUAUGUUGGUUUCUUUAUUAAUGGCAGAGAUCGGAGUACACUCGAUUGCUUACGCGUUUCCAAAAGUCCAAAUCGUAACGUCUGCACUCGAUCCGGAAAUAAACGAAAAGUUUUAUGUUAUCCCUGGUAUUGGUAAUUUCGGAGAUCGAUAUUUCGGUACAGAACCUACAGAUUCGGAAAUUUACUAAAAGCCGAAUAAAAACUCGUAUGUUAUAACCUCUUGUAUCGUUUAUUUAACAUACCAGCGUAUCUCUUUAAAUAAACUGAAAUCAACGCU